AGGGAUUAUGGCUCUCUAAUCCUGAUUAAAAGCCGAGGUAUAUGACUGUAAAAAGUCGUUAAUUAUUAAAGACUUCCUCAGACUCUUACGUGGGGUCAAAAUUGCGCAAAAUCGAAAGACUGUUGAAAAAGUUGUCUCUCAAUUUCGGCUUAAUUAAUUCUUUAACCGAACAACGGUUUUCUUUCAUUCUUGGUAACAGCUGAUUCAAUUACGUGUACGUUUAUCCUUGAAAGUUUGUCGCGAGCAUUGUUAAUGGAAAAAUAAAAAGGAAAAUUCUAAACUUAGAAAUUUGGGUUGCAAGCUUGUAACAGGAGAAGUAAACAAGUUAAAAAAAAUUUGGCUGUCAAUCCCUCGCCAAUGUCAAUUUACAAGGACAACCUUGAUAUAAUUCCGGUAUUUACUGCCCACAAACGUUGAUUAACAGCAACAAGAUAUCUUAAAAUCCUCUUUUCUAAAAGCAAUUAAGCCUACAUUAAAACUACCAACGUCAAGGUUUCAUUUGCAUCGCUGUUUAGAAGAAGUGUUUCACUUUUUAUUCCGGUGUUUCCUCCGCCUACAGAGAGAUAAACAACUCUUAAAAUGCCAAGUUAAAUUAUUAAAACGCGCUGCAAUCUUGAUGUUUGUAUGUUUAUUUUGCGUUUUAAUGUUUGUUUGCUCUCCUAUUUUAUCAGUCUCCAAUCGACAUGGCUAUCGUAAUAUUUUAGUGUGUAGCUUUGCCUCCGGCCUCCUAGUUCAGAUAUAAUUAAUCACAGCACGUUUCCAUUGUUGCAAAUACAAAUAAAAUAUUUACCAUGUCAAAAAUGGGUUUUAAUGCAGACAAAAACGCUCCCCGUUGCGGUCCUUUUUGAAACCACGAUACAGACAUCAAGACGAACAUGAAAAUUCCACUUAGUAAGGGGUGUAUGCUGGACAUACCUAGCCAAACGCAAGGAGAGCAUGCGGUGACAGCGGAAGUCGGGGAUAUAAAAUUCAAUUAACAGGCAUUCGACACGUAAACAAACCUCACGCUGAAUGCAAACAACUUUUGUGGGUUUCAGCAACACCUGCUCAUGGAUAUGGGACUUCAAUUCAUACGAUAAACAUUUUAUCGAUAACCUCGCGGACUACAAGCUUUAUUCGAAGCGUUUUCUUCUCAUUGACGCUACUGUUCACACAAACACCCUUGAGACAGCUGAAUAACAGGGCAGUUUUAGAACGGCAGAUAAAUAAAUAUGUCUCCAUGGUCUCAUGUGUUUUUUACAUGAGAUACAUUCAAGUGUGUUUGUUCGCAAUAGGAGUCAUUUUGCAGGUUAUGAAGGCUAGACCUUUUUUUAACGGCAUCGCAGGAACUUGCGUAAUUUCCAAACUAUCAUUCUUAUAAAUUCCUUUCGACGAAGAUAGAAACUCGAGCUCUUGAGAAAAAAAUGGCCAAAUAUAGUAUUUUAGUUAGUUCUUAGUGUCGAGAGCGAGCACAAAAUUAUGAUAAGGAGGUGGAAUGACUUUAAUUUGGGCUGUCUUUUAACGCUGGAAGCAAGAGAAUAUUUUGAGCGCAUUUCCGUGCAUAUUCCAAGAUUAUUGUUGUGAAAAAGAAUUUUGAUGACUUCUUUUGUUUUGUGUACCUGUCAAACCCUAAAACGAUUUUCAAUUACCGCGAAAAAGAAAACUAAGUUAUUUACAUUUAUCUUCUCGUGUUAGUUGGACGUGAAUUCGCAUAUGAGCAGAGAGGUUAUCAAUCUUUAUUGAUAGAUAAAGCCGACCAGCCCUAUUCAUGCGCUAUAAAUACAAAUAUAAAGACACUGUGGCAUGAUAGCACUCAUGCAAGCUUUUGUUUUCGAAAGAAGAGUUCCGAUUGGCAGACUCGAAACAGUGGAGACGUUAAAAGGGGGAUUCCAAGCGAUCGAUACUGGCUCAUUACUCUUGGCUCGUUUAACAGAGUCACAAAGUCUGCGUGGAAAAUUUAACGCAAAACAUCUGGUCAGGAGAUCACAAGUGACUGGUCGAGAAAAAGUGAGAAAGUCCUUCCUAUUUUCAUGUACCACAAGGUGUGUGACAUGGCGAAAGUACGUAUUUAAUACUGUGGGAGAGAACGAACAAGUUAUUGAAUUGCUUCAGGGGAACCCCACCACGACACGUCUUUCACAAGCUAAUUGAAAUUUUCAAUCGCAUUGGAGCACACUGUGGCCGUCGCAGACCAGCGAAUUGAUUAUCCACGAAAAAAUGGCUAAUCAAACAGCAACGUCGACAAAACCGCUCGGCAGCGAAGCCAUCCCUUUGGGUAUCCUAGGCGUUUUAAUUACGCUGGAAAAUCUCCUCGUUUGUUUUCUGGUGUACCGCUUCCGCAAACUACGCACUUUUACCAAUGGAUUUGUGGUGUCUCUAGCUCUAUCAGACGUUCUUUUCGGUGCCGUGUUGAUACCUGUGAACAUCACUGAUCAAAAUAACUCGGUCAACGGAUAUUUGAUUUCCUUUAUUCUCUUCGCGAACGUUACCAAUUUGUUUGCGGUGACACUGGACCGCUACCUAGCCGUUAUGAACUCUUUGCGAUAUUCCUACACCAUGACGAAAAACUUCGCCAAAAUUAUAUUAACGGCUUGGAUUUUGCCUGUUCCAUUGACACUGUUGCCAUUGGCAUGGAACGUUGGCUCAACUGCAGAAACGAUUUACCUGCUUUUCAUUGUAAUCGGUGUUAUGGUGCCUUAUAUUUUCAUCCUGUUUGCUUACAUUAAGAUUUUUCGCGAGGUAGCGCGCCAGGUAAAGAACCUUGCCAAACUCGCGACGUACGAAAACCAGCUCCAGGCUACCAGAGAAGGUAAGCGGGUAACUAGCGAAGCGCGCGUGGCUAGAGUUUUCGCUAUUAUUGCGGGAAUCUUCGUUAUCAGCUGGAUGCCUGUUUUCUACAUGACAGCGGCUGACGCGCUGGACAGAUCAGAAUUUAUUCCCCCAGUACUCCCCAUCGUUUCGUGGUACACCAUGACGGCGGGAUCACUAGCCAACGCGGCUGUUUACGCGUUUUUCAAGGGCGACUUCAGAAACGCGUUCUUGCGUCUUUUCCACUGCCGCACGUUUAACUUCCGUCGACAUUCUUCUGACGAGGUAAUAUCAGGGACAUCGUUGAACUGAACGCAAACUUUGGAUAUUUUGUGCCGUAUGUUUGCACGUCUGUCGGUUGUGUAUUGUUCAGGCUAUUUAAUAACUUGCUUAAAACGAAUAAGAUGUCCGCAGUUUUAUUCGACAUGUCACGAACACCUGACCGGUUGUGACGCGAUAACCGUUCAAAGACAUAAAUCUUUAGGAAAAGUCUUUUUCAUUGUCCAAACAAAAUUCAGUCAAAAAAAAAAUCGUAACAUUUUUUAGAACGCGUCUGGUUCUAAUCAUAUAGAAAGGUAAAGAAAAAAGAAUCGUGUUUUCCUGAAGGGAGUCUACAGUCGCGCGAUUAUAAAAGUCGACAAGAAUAUAAAUUUGAAAUUCAAUUAUUUUCUUUUCAGGAGACAAUUACAGGCAAAACCUAGAAACUUAAGACUGGAAAUUUCUAUUUAUCAAGCAAUACAUCUGUUAAAUCAAUACGGAAUAGAAGAUCGCUUUUAUUUUUUUUAACGAGUGUUUGAAAGCGAUGUUAAAUACUAUGUAGACAUUAAAUUGUCGUUUUGGUAAAGUCUUGCUGGAAUAUUAAAAUCUGUAAUGUAAACUGUAGCUAAGCUACAAAAAAAGCCGCCUUCUUAAAAGCUUGCUUUUUUAAUACAAAAACCAAUACAGCAAGUUCAUGAAAUAAACUAAGACGCAGAAAAGGUGAUAUUGUGUAUUCUGGCAUAUAAACAAAAGCGCUUUAUUUACUCUCGCUUAUAGCCUUACGAGACUAUUGAGCCAAUCGUAACAAUAGCUAUCUGGGCUGUAUUUCUGAUAAUUACAGAAUUAUCGACGAGUUCUUGGCUGUCAAUGAAAAGAUGGCCUCAAUGGCUUAAUAACCUGUACACAUUCAAAUGUUAACGCGAUUAAUAAAGGGGAUUUUUUUUGUGUGAAAGAUCAGUCGUGGUAUUAACUGAUGAUCAAUUGCGCGGAUGUGUUUUUUGUGUUUUUUCUCAGUAUAGCUCCUUGUUGUGUUUCCAAUGUUUGGACUCUUAAGUGAGCGUGAGAAGGCCAUGUGAAUGUGCAUAAGUUAAAUUUAAACUAGACUCUCGAUCACGUAGUCGAGUAUCUUCUGAUUACUAACCCAAACCCAAAUGUUCAAAAGCUAUUUAUGAAAAUUCACUUUCGUCAACAAUCGAAAACAAGAAAGUCAAGAGGCGGUAACGAAUAUAUUUUUAUACGAAAAAACUCCCGACGGAGGAAUUAACAAUACCACUAAAUGCAAGAAUGUUUUCCUCUUCCCAUGAUAUGAAUAUAUAAUUCUAUUUCCAACCUCUUAGGAACGCAUUAAAUUCUACUGAGUCUCAGAGCUUGGAUCACAUUUCUAGAUAGAUUUAAGAAAAUAACAAUCUACAAUUCAAAUUAUUUUCAAUGCGUUGACGCUAUAAGAUGAACUAGAACCUUGAGUUAGGAAGACUUGAGAAAAAAAAUUAACAUUUUUACCUACUAUAAAAAGCCUCGCAACCAUCCUGGUGCCCAAUUUUCGUUACUGUACAAAUACGAGAGUAUAAAUUAUUUUCAG